GUUUGGACUCUGCUAUGAGUCAGUGUGAGGACAGAGAGGAGGGACCCCUUCCCUCUAAAACCACUCUGUGGGGGGACCAUGACAGCCAGACCAAAGCUCAGAGGAUGCAGCAGCAGAAACCUGGACCUGGACCCAGCUGUGUGUCCAUGAAGAGUGACCGGUCUAUGGAUCGUCCUAUUGACAUUAAAGAUGGACAAGCUGUUGAUAGAAGUCUGCAGAAAAGACCUGAACCAGGACCUGGACCCAGCUGUGUAUCCAUGAAGAGUGACCAGUCUAUGGGUUGUCCUUAUAACUUUAAAGAUGGAAAAGCUGUCGAUGAAAGAGUUCACCAGAAGAGCUCAGAGGGCCUCGGUGGUCAGUCUGACCUGCAGCAGCAAACAAACCUGGACUCCAUAUUUAUGCUGCUGGAGGAGAACAUCGUCACUUUUGUAAAGAACGAGCUGAAGAAGUUUCAGAAGGUUCUAUGUCCAGAUUACCCAGAAUGCUUAGAGAGUCAGAGGGAGGAUGAGGAGGUUUUGGAGGGUGAGGAUGAAGAGCAGAGGAGGAGGAGCAGAGAAGCAUUUCUGAAGAUCACACUGCACUUCCUGAGGAGAAUGAAGCAGGAGGAGCUGGCUGACCGUCUGCAGAGCAGAAGUCAUUCUGAAGUUUGUCAGCGUAAACUCAAGACUAACCAGAAGAUAAAGUUCCAGUGUGUGUUUGAGGGGAUUGCUAAAGCAGGAAACCCAACCGUUCUGCAUCAGAUGUUCACAGAGAUCUACAUCAUGGAGGGAGGGGCUGCAGGGGUCAAUGAAGAACAUGAGGUCAGACAGAUUGAAACAGCAUCCAAGAAACCAGACAGACCAGAAACCAUAAUCAGAUGUGAAGACAUCUUUAAAGCCCCACCUGGAAGAGAUGAACCAAUCAGAACCGUGAUGACAAAGGGAGUGGCUGGCAUCGGGAAAACAGUCUUAACACAGAAGUUCACUCUGGACUGGGCUGAAGGCAAAGCCAACCAGGACAUCCAGUUCAUAUUCCCAUUCACCUUCAGAGAGCUGAAUGUGCUGAAAGAGAGAAAGUGCAGCUUGGUGGAACUUGUUGAUCACUUCUUUAGUGAAACCAAAGAAGCAGGAAUCAGCAGGUUUGAAGAAGUCCAGGUUGUCUUCAUCUUUGACGGUCUGGAUGAGUGUCGACUUCCUCUGGACUUCCUCAACACUGAGAUCCUGACUGAUGUUACAGAGUCCACCUCAGUGGGUGUGCUGCUGACAAACCUCAUCAGGGGGAAUCUGCUUCCCUCUGCUGGCCUCUGGAUAACCACACGACCUGCAGCAGCCAAUCAGAUCCCUGCUGAGUAUGUUGACAUGGUGACAGAGGUCAGAGGAUUCACUGACCCACAGAAGGAGGAUUAUUUCAGUAAGAGAUACAGAGACAAGAAGCAGGCCAGCAAAAUCAUCUCCCACAUCAAGACAGCACGAAGCCUCCACAUCAUGUGCCACAUCCCAGUCUUCUGCUGGAUCACUGCUACAGUUCUGGAGAUGGUGUUGGAGACCAGAGAGGGAGGAGAACUGCCCAAGACCCUGACUGAGAUGUACAUCCACUUCCUGGUGGUUCAGUCCAAACUGAAGAACAUCAAGUAUGAUGGAGGAUCUGGGACAGAUUCAAACUGGAAUAAAAAGACAAAGAAGAUGAUGAAGUCUCUGGGAAAACUGGCUUUUGAGCAGCUGCAGAAAGGCAACCUGAUCUUCUAUGAAUCAGACCUGACAGAGUGUGGCAUCGAUAUCAGAGCAGCAUCAGUGUACUCAGGAGUGUUCACACAGAUCUUUAAAGAGGAGAGUGGACUGUACCAGGACAAGGUGUUCUGCUUUGUCCAUCUGAGUGUUCAGGAGUUCCUGGCUGCUCUUCAUGUCUAUCAGGCCUUCACCAACUCUGGAGUCAACCUGCUGGCAGAAGAACAAAAAACCUCUCUGAUGCCUAAAGUCUUCAGAGUCAAACCUAAAUUAAACAAUCUCCAUCAGAGUGCUGUGGACAAAGCUUUACAGAGUCCAAAUGGACACCUGGACUUGUUCCUCCGCUUCCUUCUGGGUAUUUCACUGCAGACCAAUCAGAAACACCUAAAAGGUCUGAUGACCUUUGCUGGAAGUAGCUCAGAGACCAAUCGGGGAACAGUUGAGUACAUUAAGACAAAGAUCAGUGAGAAUUUGUCUGCAGAGAGAAGCAUUAAUCUGUUCCACUGUCUGAAUGAACUGAAUGAUGGUUCUCUAGUGGAGCAGAUCCAACAGUCCCUGAGUUCAGGACGUCUGUCCACAGAUAAACUGUCUCCUGCUCAGUGGUCAGCUCUGGUCUUCAUCUUACUGUCAUCAGAAGAAGAUCUGGACGUGUUUGACCUGAAGAAAUACUCUGCUUCAGAGGAGGCUCUUCUGAGGCUGCUGCCAGUGGUCAAAGCCUCCAACAAAGCUCUGUUGAGUGGCUGUAACCUGUCAGAGAGAAGCUGGGAAGCUCUGUCCUCAGUUCUCAGCUCCCAGUCUUCUAGUCUGAGAGAGCUGGACCUGAGUAACAACGACUUGCAGGAUUCAGAAGUGAAGCAUCUGUCCUCUGGACUGAAGAGUCCACACUGCACACUGGAAACUCUCAGACUGAGUGGCUGUGAGCUUUCACAGAGAAGCUGUGAAGCUCUGUCUUCAGUUCUCAGCUCCCAGUCCUCUAGUCUGAGAGAGCUGGACCUGAGUAACAACAACCUGCAGGAUUCAGGAGUGAAGCAACUGUCCUCUGGAUUGAAGAGUACACACUGCAGACUGGAAACUCUCAAGUUGAGUGGCUGUACUUUGUCAGAGAGAAGCUGUGAAGCUCUGCCCUCAAUUGUCAGUUCCCAGUCCUCUAGUCUGAGAGAGCUGGACCUGAGUAACAACGACCUGCAGGAUUCAGGAGUGGAGCUGAUGUCUCCUGGACUGAAGAGUCCACACUGCAGACUGGAAACUCUCAGACUGAGUGGCUGUGACCUUUCAGAGAGAAGCUGUGAAGCUCUGUCCUCAGUUCUCAGCUCCCAGUCCUCUAGUCUGAGAGAGCUGGACCUGAGUAACAACGACUUGCAGGAUUCAGGACUGGAGCUGAUGUCUCCUGGACUGAAAAGUCCACACUGCAGACUGGAAACUCUCAGUUUCUCAGGCUGUAUGAUCUCAGAGGAAGGCUGUACUUUUCUGGUGUCAGCUCUGAGCUCCAACCCCUCCCAUCUGAGAGUGCUGGACCUGAGCUACAAUCAUCCAGGAAACUCAGGAGUGAAGCGGAUUUCUGCUUUACUGGAGGAUCCAAACUGCAGACUGGACACUCUCAGGGUGGACCAUGGUGGACCGCAGAGACUGAGACCUGGUCUGAGGAAGUAUGUCUGUGAACUGGAACUGGACACAAACACAGUAAACAGAUACCUCAAAUUGUCUGACAACAACAGGAAGGUGACAGGUGUGGAGGAGGAUCAGUCAUAUCCUGAUCAUCCAGACAGAUAUGACCGCUGGCCUCAGCUGCUGUGUAGAGAUGGUCUGACUGGUCGCUGUUACUGGGAGGUCAAGAGGAGAGGAGAGGUUUAUAUAUCAGUGAGUUACAGAGGAAUCAGAUGGAAAGGAGACAGUAGAGACUGUUGGUUUGGAUGUAAUGAUCAUUCCUGGAGUCUGUUCUGUUCUGAUGAAGGUUACUCUGUCUGGCACAAUAAGAGAAGAACAGUCCUCACUUCCUGCUCUGUCUCUAACAGAGUAGCAGUGUAUGUGGACGUUCCUGCUGGCUCUCUGUCCUUCUACACAGUCUCCUCUGACUCACUGAUCCACCUCCACACCUUCAAAACCACAUUCACUCAGCCUCUCUAUCCUGGGUUUACGGUCUGGUCUGGUUCCUCGGUGUCUCUGUGUCCUCUGCAGGACUGAGAGUCUCUCCUGUGGACAGAAACACUGACUGAAGACCAGCUAAUGAAAUCAAAGUUCAGUCUGUUCACCAUCACACACACUCUGCACUGUGAAGCAGAUCUGAGACUCAAACACAACAACAUUCAUCUGAUUUCAUCUCUGAUUAUCAACAUUUGAACUGUUUGACUAAAACACUUCAUGAUAUGUCACAUCUAAAAUAUAAUCAACUGUUAUUGGUCACUAUUAUGUCCUUUAUAU